AUGGAAAGUAACAAGCGCCUCAAGCAGAUCAUCAAAGAAAUGCGCUCCGACAUGAAGAAACUGGAGACAGAAAACAAAGCCCUCCGAGUGAAGUUAAUUCAGAACGGGAAACGAGCAGAAACAUUAGAUGAAGCAACUAUUUCUGCUCUGCACCAGCAGCUAAAAUCCGAGGAGGCGUUAACGCACGCUAACCUGCGCAGGAAUAUCUCCGCCCCCGUGCUGGAAGGAGAACCCCGAGAUAACAGGAUGACAGUGCGACGCUACUCCAUAUCUUCUUUACGUGCCUUCACAAUCGGCAAUAAACAUCAUAAAUCUCUGGAUCAUAAUCAAACCCAUCAAAGGAUUAAGCAAGAGGAACCAGAAUCAGCAGCAGCGAUAAUGAAAGUCAUGAAAGGCCAAGGGAGUCUUGCUGAAUUGUCAGGUGCUAACAGCUCUGAAGAAAAACAUCCCCAAGAUACAUCAUUCCAAGGAUACGUACAUAAGUGCAAAUAUAAAAUGAAGUCUGUAACAUUUCUUCUGCCUGUGGAUGUUGUUUCUCAUUCUGACGAUCAAGGCUCUUCCCAGUGUCCAGGGUAUCAGAGUUGUCAUCAGCUGCCUCCUAUUCAGGAAAUUGACUUCUAA